AUGGCUGCAGAAGAUAAGGAUAUCAAGGUUGCUGAAGGAGGCGUUGUUGAAACGGUCACCAAUCGAGUAUCAGGCAAAAACUGGAAACUGAAAAAGACGGCCACUGUACGAGCACAGAAAUCCAAAAGCCUUCGAAACAGUUGGGCAAAGCGAUCGGCCGAGCGAGCAAAGAUGGAUGCUGUGAAGACCUUAGAACGACAACUCAAAGCUGAUAAGCAAGCCGAGAAGGAUCGUAAACGUGAGAUUACUUUGGAACGUAAACGUAUUCAAGAAGAGAAGGAAAGAUACGAGGCAUUGGCAGCUAAGAUGUCGGCUAAGCGUUUGCAGCGUUUGAGAAAGAGAGAAGCACGAAAAAAGGCACGAGUUUAG